UUUUGGUUGGUAGGUUGGCUUCCGUUGUCGCAUUGUGCGUUUGGAGAAGCGUAGUGUUUAAGUGCGUGUUGGCAUUAGUGUAUAGUAUAAACAGAUAAAUCCAACGUAAAAGCUAUGAGUGAUACGGACGAUGAUUAUGAAUUUCUUCCACAACAGUUGGCGAAAUAUACUUGUUCUGAGGAGAGAAAAAUUGUCCUUGAUCCAUCAGUGACUCUUGCCCAGCGGGAGAAACUUGCAGAGCUGAUGAAAUUCACAGAACUUGAUCAGUUUACACAUGUAAGUGGCAGUGUUGGUCCAUCUGAUCAAGCUUCCAUUCCUAAGCCGCAGCAACCAGUGAUCCAGCUUGUAAAAACCAAGCAUCCUUGCAGAACUACAUUCAUACCUGAAGAUAUCUGUUGUUUAUUCAGCCAAGAUUCUUUUAGUAUUCAGGACUUCGGGAUUCCUCGUACUAAGUUCACGGACAGGCUCUGUUCUUUGAGCAGCCAUGAGCUGCAUGAACGCAUCUGCAGACAUGAACUCAAGUUUCAGUUUCCAUUUCUUUCAGAUGCAGUUCUUCAUCCAUUAUGUCGGUACUUAUUUUUAUUAAUGUCCGUACAUAGAGACGAAAGAACUGUUUUUGCUUGCUCCAACACUUUGCGCUACAUUAAACGGGGCUGGUGCCCUAGCUUGGACAUUAUCCUUAUUGUGUUCAUAAAUUGGGGAAUAAACCAAGAACUGCUGGAUACAUGUGACAUAGACGUUGGCUCAUAUUUUCCAGUGAAUCUAUUCGAUAAAGUUGUAUCAAGUCCAAGAUUUGAAGAUACUAAUGUUCAAAAGGUUUUGGAAUUUAUCCAUUCUGUAGCUGCAACGCUUGGUAAAGAAAGUGCACAAGACAAACUGAACAAGGUCGUGCAAGUCCUUGUACUGUCGGCCCUUGAUGGAGGAUUUAAGUCACCCACUCUGGAGACCUGUUUCUCACGUUGCAUUCGUGCUCUAUUAGAUGGCAUUCCAGAAAGCCAGUGGAAUAAACGCAGGGUGUGGACUAUUUGCGAGAUGUUGCAUCGGAAUGGGGCAGAGCAUUUUCACAACCAGGCAGUGGUUUGCUGCUCACUGCUCAUAGUGAGUCCUCGUUCAAUAGAGAUAGCAAAAGCUUUGACCCUUACAACAUUGAAUCACUUAUUGGCAACAGAAUUAAAGACUGAACCAUUGGGCAACAUUGCAGAUAGCAACAUAACCGAGCUUGUGAUGCACUACCCACUUAUCGACGAGCUCGGCCCCUAUGAACUCUAUACUGUUGUAAGGCUGGUGGAUUUGUGCGUUUUGAGAGCUUAUACUGAAGAUAAUUUAAAUCUGGAAAACCUCAACAUUAUGAUAUCUUGGCUGAGAAAUUUGAGUGGCAGAAUUUCAACUUCUGUGGAAUUAAUUGAUACUCACGUUGUGAAGGAACUGAUUACUCGAUGCCUUUCAAGUUGGCAAACGGUGAAAUUUGAUAUAGAAUUUAUUAAGCUUGUAGAUGGUGAUGCAGCAUCUCUAGUGUCUGAUGGUAAUAUGGAAUAAACAGUAUACGUAUGUUAAUUACUGCAAGAUGCGUAGUUGAUCCAGUGGAGUCUAUAUCGUAGUGAAGUUAGCGUAAAACUGGGUGGACUAUAUGUAUAGUGCAUGUGUUAUGGAUGUGGUGUUGAAUUUUCAUUGAGCAUAAUGUAAUGGAUUAUGCAGAAACCAAUAGAACUGGAAAACACCGGAGUAGCAUUGUGACGGUUUUAUAAACUUUACAACAUCAGUUUUUCUAAAACAAAAUUGGCAUUUUUAUAUAAAUAUUAAAAAAAUUACGAGAUUUUUGUA